AUCUCGUGCAAGACUGCUGGAGGCAUGCUUUUUGUGGGGAGGCUGUGUGCGUGCCUGGUGCUUCUGCACCGCCUCCACGCCUUGCCUGUGCAGAAUACGACGCCAUCGUUGCUACAAUUCCACGGCGAUGAGCGAGGUGGCCACUACGAGGUUGUUCUGGACGAGCCUCUCAGAGGGAUGAAUGCCUUUCGACUCGACGACGGCUUGGAGGGCUCUAAGCUGGCUGCAGGAGAGGAGGACGACCACAUGGGCCAAAACUACUACAACAGGAUACUGAGGAAGAAGGCAGCGGUCACUCGAGGGCCCCGUCCGCAGGUCCGGCCCGAGCGGCACGAGAAAUGCGAUGACGACCGGGACUGCAGGCGCUCGCCCAGCCAGAUCUGCAUAAAGCACGCCGGAGAGCUGCACGGCCGCUGCCAGUGCCCCUUCUACCGUCCCGUCGAAGCCACCUUUAACGGCGUCGUGCGUUGCGUCACCGCCAAGGACUUGUUUGACGAAUGCCGAAGCAGCGAGGAGUGUGCGGCCACCAACCCGUACCUGGAGUGCGUCAACCGGUUGUGUUCCUGCCCACCUCCCCACAUCCUCAAAGACCACGCUGAAUGCAUCGGCGGUGCCUCGGUACAGGAGUGGAUCUCCUGGCUAGUUCCUGUAGCGGUCCUUGCUCUCGCAGGAGUUGGAAUGGCUGCCUGGCUGAUUUCAAAGCGCAAGAAGUCCAGCUCGGGUUCGGGCAGCAGCGAUGACAACGACGCGGAAGGCGCGCCGGCUGCCGAACCCGGAGCGCCUAGCUGCCGCCAACAGCCGCCAGUGCAACAUCAGCAGUCGACACAGCAUGCACCUGAGUCACGCUAUCGCGGUUACAGCGGCGAAGACGGCGGCGCAGUGCCCAGGCGCUAUCCGCACAGCGACGUGCUCAGCCGCCUCAACGUCCCGCCAAUGAAGGACUGGGUCCGCGUCCCGAAGGGAUUAAGGGGGAACGCCCAGGGCUCACUGGAUGGCGCUGGCGGAGGAGGUGCCGCGGAUCACAACCGAGUGAUGUGGGCCCAGCAGGCGUUUACCUCUCUGGCGUCGCCCAUCUACCAGAACAAGCUGGUCAGGCGCCUCAUGGCGGGCAAGGGCGCCUCCAGCUCGUACCCGGACUCGUCCAGCGUCGCCGAGCCAAUGCCACCCCGCUCGGCGAUGGCCAGUCCGGCGCCACCAUCGGCCCUAUCGGCACGCUACGGCAGCGAGGUGCCGCCGCUGCCCACUUCGCUGCAGGAGUCUCUGCGCAGGAUUGCGGCGGCCAGUGGUCGUUCGUCGCAGCGCUUGCAGCCGCAUCGGCGUCGGGCCCCGCUGGCCACGUGCAGUGACGAGGCGUCCUCGUUCCGCUCGUUCCCGGUGCAUGCGGCCCGCUCCGGCAAGUCGCAGCGCUAUGCAGCCGACGACGACGAUGACGAUGAUGAAAAGACGCGGGCGCCCUUGAGAAGACUGCGCAGCCGCAGCAGCUCACGUUACUCGGCGGCGGCACGUGAGCCGAAGGCGCGAAGCGAGUCCAGCGACGCGCUUCCGGCGUCGCCACGCAAAGUGUUCUUUGCAAACUAUAAGAAAUAGAAAAUAUACGUGUACGUACGCUGUUUGAUUCGGCUGGAGGUCUUGAAUCUUAGAAGUACUAUACAUCUCUCGCUACUUUGCUUCCACCUGCUCCGCACGCUUACCCUGUUGUCCGCAUUGCCUAUGGCCCAACUUGGUUCUGCGAGCAACAUGAGGCUCUUAGCCCGUGUCCUGCACGCUAUCGGUUGUGCGCUUGAGGAGCACGUACAAUGGGAAUCGUGCUUGUCUGCAGCGGUCACGACCGAUCUGCUCGCCGUCUUUCGCAACAAAAAAUUCGCCGACGAUUACGAUACCCCCUAGUGCAAAAAUUUGAGCGCAGCUCUUCAGGUGUUUUGAAUGUCGCUGGUUGUGUCGCUCAUUGCUCAGAAAGUGUGAACACGUGGCUGAAGAAAGCGGGAAAGCGGCGGAGGCGCAGGUGAAGCAGCGCAUGCGCAGUGGGUGCGAAGCGCACUCCAGCGCUUCCUUUCCAUAUAUGGUAUCAGUGGACGCGCUCGCCGCAUACCUUAUUAAGGACGUUAUCGGUGACCGGGUGGUGGUGCUCGCUACUAUGGCGCCAUCUCGUAAUUGGUCACCGCCGUGAUGCAUGUCUCGUGCGGCACCCCACUUUCCUCCUCACUCUUUCGCCAUACUCUCCUCCUCCGCUUUCCUCCUCACGCUCUCUUCGCUGCCGCCGUCUUGCAUCCACCGCUGCGCUCCGCUCAUUCGUUCUGCCGGUCACACCGAUGCCGAGGCCUGUACUCAGCGCCGGAACGAGCGCGUAAGAGCG